ACCCGGGCCUGGAGGAGGUGGACCAGGUGGUUCUGGUGGAUCGAAUGGGCCUGGGGGCGGUGGUGGAGAGAAAGGAACGGGGCCUGGAGGAGGUGGAUGGGUUGGCCCUGGUUGGGGUGGUGGUGGCUGCGGUGGUGGAGAGGAGAAGGGACGCGGGCCAGGAGGAGGUGGACAGGUUGGCCCUGGUAGGGGUUGUGGAUCACAUGGGCCUGGGGGUGGGUCCCGAGGUACUGGAGGAGGUGGUGGAGUGGAGAAGAGACCUGGGCCUGGAGGACGUGGAUGGGUUGGCCCUGGUGGGAGUGGUGGAUCAGAUGGGUCUAGGUGUGGCGGUGGGCCCGGCGGUCUUGGAGGAGGUGGUGGAGAGGAGAAGGGACCUGGGCCCGGAGGAAAUGGACCGGGUGGCCCUGGUGGAGGUGGUGGAUCAAAUGGGCCUGAGGGCGGCAGUGUACCCGGUGGCCCUGGUUGGGGUGGGGGAUCAAAUGGGCCUCCCGGCCGUGGUGGUGGUGGUGGAUGUUUGUGGUGGGACAUGUCAGCAACCAGGGAAGAGUUGGGUUUGGGAUGUUGGCUAA